GUGUGCUCUGAAGAACAGGUGACCUGUGAAGCAGCCGAUCCUCAGCUUGUUUCUGCUCAGCAUCCAGUGAAAGGCUUGAAAAAGGACACGGGACAUUGCCAUGCUGGCAGACAUUCAGUGCACCCUCCUGCUCCCACGCUUCUGCCAGGUCCAAGCUGUCUGGAGAGGGYGGAGCUAAACACCACUCUGGCUCUGAAGGCGGAGCUUCACUCACUGCAGGGGGCUGAGUUUAACUCACAAAAAGCUCUUCAAGAGACUCUUCAGAAGUCAGAGAGGACCAAAAACCUGAUAAAUGCCAGAGCUGCAGAAGUGGUGAAUGUCUCUCGCUCUCAGCUGCUCUUCAACUCUCUGGUCAGCGUCAGCGUUCAGGAGGAUCAGCUGAUCAGUCAGGUGAUGCAGGACAGGCGGCCGCUGGCCCCGCCCCCACCCCGCAGCCAUGAGAGCAAAGCAGCAGAGGGCCCCUCCCUCCUCUUCUUCAUGACCUCUGACCUGUUCAGACAGAAGCCCCUCCCACAAGAGGAGGAGCCAGGCACCUGGAAACCUUCCCCAAUGCUAUGCCCUGCCUACACCACCUUUGACCUGCACAGGAGGCAGAGAUGCUGGGAGACCACCCCCUGACACACACACACAGACACACACAGUAUUGGACAGAUUAAACUUAUUUUGAGUUUUAAUCAUUAUUGUUUGGGGGCUUUCCCCCUUUUUAAUGAAGCUUGUAAGCAAUAUUUUUGUAGAUUCUUGUUUAAUAAAAAGUUUGCUGUAAAUCCAAACCAAUAAAAUGUGUUUAAAUGA